AUGGGGGCUUACCAAAUCGUCCAGGAGCUCGGCCGGCAUGAUAGCGACAUCAAGACGGUUGUCUCCCUCGACGGUGGCAUGCGGCUAGCUUGUGGUGCGCGGGAUGGGCUCGUGUCCGUAUGGACGAGACAGUCCGGCGAUGUCACUCUCUCGCCAUAUGCCUUCGAAGCGGAAUUCCGAGGCCACGAAGCGUACGUCAACAGUCUUGCCCACAUCCCAUCGAAGGACGGAGAGUCGGGUGGCUGGCUGGCCUCGGGAGGCAAUUCGACCAUGAUCCUGAUCCAUUCACUUGACACUUUACUUGAUGAACCAACGACGAGCUUGAUAGGACAUACCCACAACGUCUGUGCGUUGCACUACUGUGACUUGCACAAGCUGCUGGCUAGCUCCAGCUGGGAUUGCACAGCUCGCAUCUGGAAGUGCGAGCGCGACGAUUGGAGGUGCCAUCAGGUGCUGGAAGGACAUCAGCAAGCAGUGUGGGAUGUCAAAAUCGUUGAUAUUGCUUCCCGCUCAUCCCAAGCCGAUGGAGAGAUACGGUUGUGGAACGCAGGGGGAGAAGCUGUACAGCGAUUCAAGUGCUGCCCCGAGCCAGUUCGAAGCAUCUCACUACUCUCGACGGGCGAAUUGGCUAGCGCAUCCAACGAUAGCAUCAUCCGAAUAUGGAGCAACACUGGGGAAGUCAUCGCAUCGUUGUCCGGUCACAAGGAUUACAUCUAUCAGGUUAUUGCCAUGCGGCGCGGUAUGAUCUCCUGUGGCGAGGACAAGACUGCGCGUGUUUGGGACGAAUGUGGCGAGCAGAUAGCAGUCUUGUCGCAUCCUUGCACCAGCGUGUGGUCAGUGACCUCUACGCACAACGGCUUGGUGGUCACGGGUGGAUCGGAUGGGAUUGUCCGGGUGUGGCAGCAGUCAGCACCAUGCGGCCAAGAAAAGAGAGGUCCUGCAUCUGCUUUUGAAAAUGCGGACGUCCAGGAUAACAAGACAGUAGGCGGUGUUGACCAAGUCGUAAUUGAAAUCGACAUAGCGUCAGCCGGAGCACGGAGAGCCAAGCUGAUUCUAGUGAGGAACAUCCCCCGCUUCAUCUUGUGGUUCGGCCAGGUGGUAUUCGCUAUCUUCGGACAGAGUUGA